AUGAAUGCUCUCAAAGUGCAAAAUCCUAAUAUGCCACAAAUGAAACCAAUAUCAAUAUCGCCACUCCAACCACAACAGACCCCGUUAGCAAUACAAACCGCCAAUACGGCACCCGCCGUUAUGGGUAAUUUUGCUGCAUUUGGGGCACCUGCUGCAGCAGCGGGUAUUAUUUCACCUGGUUUGGCCAGUGCGCCGGUUAUUGGCGGUCCAGUAUUUUUCAAUAACACCACCACAGCAACAACAUCACCGAACAUUCCGUCAUCACAGCCAUUUGCUAAUUUUAAUCAAAUGAAUAACCUGAUGCAACCAACAACUCAAAAAAUGGGAUUUAUUAGCAAUAACAAUAAUAACGUAACCAACAAUAAUAUUACUAGUAAUAGCAACAACAACAAUAAUAUACAAUCAUUUGAUUUCUUUCAAUGA